AUGCCACCACCUCGCAUCUUCGUAACCGGGGCCACCGGUUAUAUUGGAGGCACGGUUUUGGAUUCUCUCGUCACUAGACAUCCGGAAUAUUCAAUUACAGUACUACUGAGGAAUGUCCCGGAGAGAUUUGCGGAGCAAUACCCCAACGUACGAAUAGUGCAUGGAGACUACGAUUCCGCGGAUGUUAUCAUAGAUGCUGUGUCGAAGGUAGACAUUGUUAUACACAAUGGUAAUUCCGAUCGUGAACCAAGCCUGAACGCUAUUGUCGAAGGUCUUGUCGGCAAGGAAGAGACAUCAUUUCUCAUUCAUCUAAGUGGGACUGGAGUAUUGUCUGACUGGCGGGAGGCCAAAUAUCAUGGCAAGCUGAAUCCCAAAAUAUGGUCAGAUAUCGACGACAUUGAUGAGAUUUGGUCUCGACCAGGCGGUGAACUGCAUCGGAAUACAGAAAAGAUCUUACAAGCAGCCAGUAAAAAGCACGGGGAUAAGCUCAAGAUUGCUGUCAUGUGUCCCCCCGAUAUCUAUGGUCGAGGACAUGGUCCGGGCAGGAGACGUAGUGCAUACUUCCCCUUCUUUUGGAAGGACAUCAUGACGGUCGGGGCACCAUUUUACGCCGAAGAUGGCGCAAACACGAGAUCGUUUGUACACAUUGACGACUUGAUGGAAAUAUAUCUGAGAGUUGUGGAAGCCGCGGCAGCAGGUGGAGCAGGAGCUGGCUGGGGCAAAGAAGGAUAUUAUUUUGCCACGACUCAGGAGGCAAGCCAAAUCGACAUUGCCACAGCAACAGCGCAGGUGCUUAGAGCCCGCGGCGCAAUCCAGCAAGACAAGCCCCUUCGUCUGCCUAAGGAGCAAGUGGCCGGUUUCAUUCCAUAUUCAGGCCUCUCGAUUGGGACGUAUCUGUACAUGUCGAACUCGAGGACACGAGCAGACCGAGCUCACAAGCUCUUCGAAUACCACGCCAGACAAUCGACGUUAUGGGAGGUGUUAGAAACUGAAAUUGCCGACGCUCUUGAGUACUGA